GCAGAAGGGAGGGGACGUGCCGCGCCGAGCUUUGCCUCCCUGCCCUCCACCUCCGCAGCGAGUUUCCGUACCUUCGGGCGGACUUAGAGAACGCGCACGUUUGAGCCGGUCUGGGCGCACGCUGCCAGUCUAGUUUCUGCUGGGCACCCAGGCCCUCAGCGUUGGCCCUCUAGGUUUCCUGCUGCUCGGUUCUCCAGGCCGCUUAUACAGAUUGCUAGUUUCUGGUCCAGCCCACUCGGCACAGAAGCCUCAAAGGGCCUCCGCCCCCUUCUUCUAUUCUUUAAUUAGCAAAUCCCAGUGCUUGCUGUGUGGGCAAAGUUCCUCUGUAAGGAGCCCCAGUUACUUUUGCUCCUACUGGCAGCCCGUCUUGCCUUAGAGACCUGUUUCUUCUACUGACCUAGAAAGGAAAGUCUCCUAGACCGCAUGACCACUUUUUGAGAGCCUCAGGAGCAUCCAGCAAAAAAAGUUUAGCGCACCACAGGUUGUAUAGCCUGAUGAUGUUGUUCUUAAUGGUCACAAUUCCCUUUCUGGUUUCAGGUUUCUGAAACAGAUCGUGAGCCUCGAUGAGAGACUUCAACUGGAAAACCAGUACUGGCAGACUUUUUUUUCAGACAGUAGGCAGGAGCCAGGCAAAGUCCAAGGAUUCUUGGAACACCUCUCUUUCCUUUGGAGGACACUAAGUUCUAUUUGAAGACAAAGGCAGUUCAGUAUGGCAGCAGGACUGAAGGGACACAGAGGAGUCAUUACAGUGAUUUGGUGACAGUUCUUCAAACGACAGUGUCUUAAGGAAAAGUGGAUCAAGAAACUCCUGAACUUUUGGGUUGCAUUAAGUGAGAAAUCAGCAUGGCUCAGGCAAGUCUCCUGGCUUGUGAAGGCCUAGCAGGUGUGAGUUUGGUUCCCACUGCAGCCAGCAAGAAGAUGAUGCUGAGCCAGAUUGCCAGCAAGCAGGCCGAGAAUGGCGAGCGGGCAGGUAGCCCUGAUGUGCUGAGGUGCUCAAGUCAGGGCCACCGAAAAGACAGCGAUAAGUCCCGAAGCCGCAAAGAUGAUGACAGCUUGGCUGAGGCCUCUCAUUCAAAAAAGACUGUUAAAAAGGUGGUGGUAGUGGAACAAAAUGGUUCUUUUCAAGUAAAGAUCCCCAAAAAUUUUAUUUGUCAACACUGCUUUGGAGCCUUUAGGAGCAGUUACCACCUCAAGAGGCACAUCCUUAUUCACACUGGUGAGAAGCCAUUUGAGUGUGAUAUAUGUGAUAUGCGCUUCAUCCAGAAGUAUCACCUGGAGCGCCACAAGCGUGUACACAGUGGCGAAAAGCCUUACCAGUGUGAACGGUGUCAUCAGUGUUUUUCUCGGACAGAUCGAUUACUCAGACACAAACGGAUGUGCCAAGGGUGCCAGUCCAAGACUUCCGAUGGGCAGUUUUCUUUAUAGGUGCAAGGGGCCCCAGGUGGUGGGAAUGAUCAGAAGAAUCUACCGAAGAGCGCACCCCCUCUGGUCGAUGGUCCCACCACCACCCCAUCUGUACCUGCCCCCUCCUGGAAGAGUGGACCCAGGAGACCAGAAGAGUACAUCAGGGGACAGCAGCCUCAAAGCCUCAGUUCUGUAAAUAAUCUGAGACUAUGAGUAUCUUGGGGAAGUUCUACAGCAUCCCUGGGUGGGGGAACUAGUCCCUGGACCCUUGGCUGAGGUCGUAAGAGGGGGAGUCAAGGUACAGGACCAAGACUGAAGUGUGGCUCCCACAACCUUGGACUCCAGCUGGCAGCUGAAAAGGAAAAGAUUGGGGAAAAGGAUUUUUUGUUAGUUUUGUUCUUGUUUUUGUUUAUCCAAAAGCAAUUUCAGCAGGUAAACUAUGGAUACAGGUAAUCUGGAUGCAUAGAGUCCUGGUACAAAGCAGGGACUAUGGCUGGUCCAGCCCUCCCCAAAAAUUGAGUUUUUAGUUGCAGUUGAUCCUCAGUAUUCCACAGCCCUGCGCCUCACCUCCUAUCUGAGGGAGAAUAGGAUCAGGGGUGGCAGCUGAGCUUACUUGGGCCUCCUUAUACACUGUAGGGACAAAAGGAAGAACAGUGGAAGGAGCUGACAAGGGCUGGAUCCAAGAAGAGUGGACAGGUACCUCUUCCUCAGGGGACAAGCAAGAGUUGUGCCCAUGGGUAUUAUAAUGGCCCAUGCCACACAGGUACCUGAUGGGGUCAGCUCAAGUGCCUUUUGGAGGAAACUUGAGUGGGAGUGGCCCAUAAAGCCCGUUUCUUCUCUCUUUGGGAAGUUGAUCUUGGAGAGAGUUUGUGGCUACCUCACUGCCAUUGACUUCUAAAGACAGACAGACGUGUUGAUCGGGAGUCAUGGAUGUCAAAGUGGGUUCUCUUUGUGCCCUCUUAGGAACAGCCCAAGACUAGUCCAAAGUUGGGCAACAGCUGUUGGGGAAAAAAACAAAUUUGGUGUCCUCUGACAUGACUGUUGAGCAGUAGGAGCUGUUCUGCCUGCCCAAGUCCUAUCACUGUAUUCAGGUAGAGGAGAUAGAGAUCUGGUUUUUUGUCCCAAAGAACAAGAUCUUGGCUUCCUUCUUGAUGGCCAUUCCUACCCAGUGAAGAAUGGUGGGAGUGGGUGGAGCCUGCAGAGAAAGAACUGAGGGAGAAACCUAAUGUAGGUGGGUUUUAUUCUUAACCAGUAUUCUUUGCUCCUUGCUGCUCCCACACCACCAUCCUAUCCACUCCCCAAAAAGUGACCAGGGGUAUAUGUGUGUAUGUGAUGAGUGUUCGUGUUUGUGUGCUUGGAGGAGAUAGCAUAUUAUUGAGCCAAACCCUUCUCAGGCCCUCACCUUCAGGGAGGAUGAACAUAAAACAGCAUUCUCCCCCCACCCAGACCUGAAGGUUGCUUGAGGUUCCAGCAGGAGCUGAGGAACUCAGUUUAGGGGACAGGAGAGCUUUGUUUUGGAGGGUUUUAAAAAAUUGAUUGAAUAGACUGGUUGUUAGGGUGUUUCCAAUCCAGGCCAGGGACUUGUGAACAUGAACUUUCUAAGGUGAAAUAAAAAUCUUUCUUCCUGCUAAGGAAAGGAUCCUUAUGGGAGUUGCUGGGGAUUGGUUGACCCCCCCACUGUGGCCUGCCCUGACCUGUGGGGACAGGGGAACUGUCUUGGAAUAAUCAUGGAGACCAGGUGAACCUGAGCACCAAGUUGUCAGUGGAGGUCUGAGAUGGCAACCUCCAGGAAGUGUGGUUUCAUUUUCCAGGAAACGUAGAGAAUAAACAGCAGCAGCAACCUCCUGGCUAUUUUCAAGGUGGGGUUCUUCCAUAUUUCUGAGGUAUGAACAUUUUAGGGGAAAAAAAAGGAGGUAGGGGACCUUUUAGAUUUUCCCUGAUAGCAUCUGAGAUCCCUUGGGGGAGACGCUGGGGAAUGUGUUUGCUGCCUUGCACUCUUCCAGCUUUAUGUUGAAGCUCCUGUCUGAUGUCCAGAACCUAGACCUCAGUCCUUGGAUUUGUCCUGUGGUCCCUGCAAGCAGGGGCAUCUCGCUGCAUGUGAGCCAGCCCCCUUACUGUUAGAGAGCUCUGAUGGGGCUGGGUUUUUUCUUUUUCACCUCUAGGAAUAUAUUCUGGGAAGCAGGACACAUUAAGAAAAAUUUAUCCCCCCAAAAGCGCUUUUGAAAAUAGGAGGGUUCUCCCUGCCACUUGGAGCUAGUCCAAGAUUGGAGUGUGUGUGGAGAGAAUCACAGGCGUGAUUGAUAACCCUCAGUUAUCAGAACUAGAUCAGUGUGUGCCCUGGCCCUUCACACAGGCCUUGGCUUCCUGCCUGGAUGGGUGUGAGGGAAGGAAUUUCUGGUCAUAUGUGCAAAGGACCAUACCAGAACCACCCCUGCCAAGGAUUGAAGGGCAGGAAGGAAUUCAGGAGCAUGUGGUUAGUUCAGUUGUGCAGGUGCUGCUGUUCUAGGGCAGUGGAUGUGUGAGGAGCAAAUGGGUGAGAGGAGUGACUUAACACCCAGAGGGCCCAGGAGCCCGACCUAUACCCCAGGGAAACCACAGACUUAAGAUGGCUGCAAAGGCUUCUAGGUCCAAUGCUCCACCCCUUCUGCAGGGGUGGGGCCUAGCACUGGAAAGAUGUCUCAGGUGUGUUUGGAGUGAGGGGAAAGGGAGAUAAGGCAGGCUCUCAGAAACCAGGUUGUGGAGUUCCGGGACCUGGGAAAAAGAAUAGCACCAGUUUCUGGGUGAGCUGCUGCCCCAGGCCCUGCCAGCCCUGCCCUUCCCAGCACCCCGAGUGUUUUCCGUCCACCCUCCAACAGCCUCUUGUCAUCACUUAGCUACUGAUCGUGCCCCAUGGCUUGAUAUGGGAGGGUUAAAUGAGGAGUGGAGUCCUGCCACAACUUUUAACCUUCUCCCCCAGAUGCCCUUUGCCUCUCCUAUGGCCCUGGGGCUUUUAUCUUCAACAAUCCCUCUCCUACCCUUCCUCUCUACCCUCUUUUUUUUUUUUUUUAAUAUACUUAUUUUGCUAUUGGGGGAGGGGAAUAUCAAAUGAACAAGAUCACUUUUAAAUGGUAGUUUUUAUAAGAUGUUAUAAACUUGUAUCUUUUUACCAUUAAAGUGCAGUGUAUGUUCCUUCGUGAUAUAUUUAGGAUAUUUAAUAAAAAGAAAAUGGGGCUUUUCUACAUACUGUCUCCUCCUUUGGAAAAAUAGUCUUUGGGGACACUUUUUCACUGGGGCCUGAGUGGUUUUCCUUCAUCCCCCAAGUAUGACCACCACACAACUUUGAGCACCCUAUAGACCACUCUGUCUCCCAUUCUACAGAGGAGCAGUAAGUAGAAGUAAAGAGCAUUAAUUAAUUCUGAACAAGAGAGAGAAUGCAUACAGCAAGCAGAAUGAGCUUAAAUAUCAGCAAAUGUAGUGUUUCUCAGUGUGUGUUCUGUAGCCC